GCCAGCGACCCACCGCCGCGGCUGCUCACCGAGCUGAGUGCGGCGGGGAGGGUGGUGGUUAGCGCUCCCGGGUCCCCGAGGCGCCGCGGGGGGCGCGCGCGCACCAUGGCUGCACCCCGCGGCCCCGCGGCCCAGCGCCACCGCGUGCAACUGCGCUUCGUGACGGAGGAGCAGCUUUUCGGGCCGGGGCCGCUGUCGCCCCCCGACUCGAACCCUCUGCUUCUGGAGGUGCGCCCGGCUGGGGAGGAGGCCGCCGCGACUGUGACUGACGCUGAUGGUGCCUGUGUUUUCAAAUGCUUACUCAAUAGAGACACCGAAUGUUGCCGAAUUGGGAAAGAGUCCAUCUUGAUUACUCUAGGAUACAGCAGUGCUUUACUGAAGUUUGAGUCUCAUGCGGAAUUCUGCAUAUUUUCAAAUACCUUAAAAAAAUGCUGGAAGGAGAAAAAAGAAUACUCAGUAUUCAGCCAGCGGACUGAAGAGGCGUCAGCUGCACAAUACUUCCAGUUUUAUGGUUGCAUUUCCCAGCAGCAGAAUAUGAUGCAGGAUUUUGUGAGGACAGCUACUUACCACAGAGCCAUCCUCCAGAACCACAUCGACUUUAGAGACAAGGUGGUUUUAGAUGUUGGUUGUGGAUCAGGAAUACUAUCCUUCUUUGCUGUGCAGGCUGGAGCUAAGAAAGUAUAUGCAGUUGAAGCCAGUUCAGUAGCACAGUAUGCUGAGACACUAGUGAAAAAUAACCAUCUUUCAGAAAAGAUCAUUGUUUUGCCUGGAAAAAUUGAGGAAAUUUCACUUCCUGAGGCUGUAGAUGUGAUCGUUUCUGAACCCAUGGGCUACAUGCUAUUCAAUGAAAGGAUGCUGGAGAGUUACCUUCACUCCAAGAAAUGGUUGAAAGUAAAUGGAAUGAUGUUCCCGACAUUCAGCGAUAUCCAUUUGGCCCCCUUUUCUGAUGAACAACUCUACAUGGAACACUACUCCAGAGCCAAUUUUUGGUAUCAGCAGUGCUUCUAUGGAGUCAACCUGUCCAGUCUCCGAGGUGCUGCAGUGGAGGAAUACUUCAGGCAACCAAUAGUGGAUACAUUUGACAUUAGGAUUUUGAUGGCUCAGACAAUCAAGCAUACAGUAAAUUUUAUGGUUGCAGAAGAAACAGAUCUCCACAGAGUAGAAAUCCCCUUUGUGUUUGAGAUUGCACAGACGGGCCUCAUCCACGGCCUGGCCUUCUGGUUUGAUGUGGCCUUUGUUGGGUCUGUGGUAACUGUUUGGCUGUCAACAGCUCCAACAGAGCCUCUGACCCAUUGGUAUCAAGUGCGGUGCCUUCUGCAGACCCCUCUUUUUGCCAAGGAAGGGGAAACGCUUUCAGGGAAAGUGCUAUUCAUAGCCAAUAAACGACAGAGUUAUGACAUUCAAAUUGUGGCAUUGGUAAACCAGACAGGCUUCAGAUCUGGAAACAUCCUUGACUUAAAGAAUCCUUUCUUUAGGUAA